AUGGAUCAGAAGAGGAGUGUCUCGUUACUGAAUGCAUUAUUUUUACUGUUAUUAAAUGCAACAUUUCUUCAUGCUGGAACAUGCCGUUCCGAAUGUUUGGAACGUAAUAAACAUGUUAUUGUGCGUGUACACCUCAAAGAUAAUUGGGCAAUGGUUGGACUUUGUAAAAAUACUACAAAUCGUAAAGAAUAUGAUCCUAUAUCGCUCGUUUCUCCAUUUAUUUGUGAUCGUGACACGGGCAUAUGGGAAUUUGACGUAAAUGAAAGAGAAGGGACGUUAAAAACUAAUAUCUCAUGCCCACAAGUUCAAAUGGUGUCUGAAGAACAAUUAAAUACGUGUCCUGGAAGACUUCCGUCGUUAACACCAGAUCUACAUUGGUUUGUUACAUUUUUUUGUUUUGGGGGGGGGGGAUAUUUUUGGAUUUGA